CGGUGUGUUGUGGACUCGUGGUGCUGGCUGCCGCUGUUGAGGCGGCCGGGAACGGGCGGUGGGGAGCGGGCGGAGCUGGCCUUGCCUCUGCUUGGCCGGCGCCGCAGUCGGCGCGGGCCGCGCCCGCCGCCGUAAACUGCCCUGAGCGCCUGCUGAGGCCGAGGGAGACGUCGGGGCCUGCACCUGGAGGGAGCCUGCCGCGCUGGCCCCGAGGAGGGGGCGUUGCCAUGGCGACAGCCUCUCCCGCCGCUGACGGGGGGCGGGGGCGGCCCUGGGAAGGAGGGCUGGUCUCCUGGCCCCCUGCCCCUCCCCUUACUCUCCCCUGGACUUGGAUGGGCCCGAGUUGGGGGCAACACCCUGGGCAUUGGGGCUUUCCAGCUCUCACAGAACCUUCAGCAUCCCCAGCUGGCAGUCUUGGCAUCUUCGAAGUAAGGAGAGUUUUAGAUGCUUCUGGAUGUUCAAUGCUAGCACCUUUACAGACUGGAGCAGCUCGAUUUUCUUCAUAUUUACUUUCAAGAGCAAGAAAAGUGCUGGGCUCCCACUUAUUUUCUCCCUGUGGUGUUCCGGAGUUCUGCUCCAUAUCCACCAGAAAACUGGCGGCCCACGGCUUUGGCGCAUCCAUGGCGGCAAUGGUGCCCUUCCCUCCCCAGAGGUAUCACUACUUUUUAGUGCUGGACUUUGAGGCCACGUGCGACAAGCCACAGAUUCAUCCUCAGGAAAUCAUCGAGUUCCCCAUCCUGAAGCUAAAUGGUCGGACCAUGGAGAUUGAGUCUACCUUUCACAUGUAUGUCCAGCCUGUAGUCCAUCCACAGCUUACUCCCUUCUGUACAGAGCUCACCGGGAUUAUUCAAGCCAUGGUGGAUGGUCAGCCGAGCCUGCAGCAAGUGCUGGAGAGGGUCGAUGAGUGGAUGGCGAAAGAAGGCCUCUUAGAUCCAAACGUCAAGUCAAUUUUUGUCACUUGUGGAGACUGGGACUUGAAAGUCAUGCUCCCAGGCCAGUGCCAGUACUUGGGCUUGCCAGUGGCGGAUUACUUCAAGCAGUGGAUUAAUCUGAAAAAGGCUUACAGCUUCGCCAUGGGCUGCUGGCCCAAGAAUGGACUUCUAGACAUGAACAAGGGCCUCAGCCUGCAACACAUAGGCCGGCCCCACAGCGGCAUUGAAAAGAAGAAACCAAGACACAGAGAGGUGAAAUAAAAGCACCGUAACUUGCUCAAGUUCACAGUUAACGAAGUGAUGGAGUUUGGAUUCGAACCCAGAAUCUUAGGAUAUCCAGGGCUUUCUGCUGGUUCAGGCCCAAAUUCACUGCCUUGGCUCCUGUCUUCCUUCAGAGCUACGCUGUGCUCUUGUACCCUGAGUUGUACCCAGCUGCAGCUUGAGAUGCUGGCCCCCAGUAUAGAGUUGCCCAGUUAGCAAAUAAAAAUAUAGGACACCAAUUAAAUUUAAACUUCAGCCAAAGAACAAAUAAUUUUUUUAGUAUAAUUAUGUCCCCUCUGGGGCUGGGGACUUAUUAAUCUGGCAGUCUUCUGUCAAGUAGGCCCAGCAUUGACCCACUGGCCCUUUGCUCUCAGGCACGUUGCUGCCAAGAUGUGCAAACAGAAAGAUGUAGCGGCCAAAUGAGGUUCUAGAAUGUCAACACACCAGGGUUCUUGCUCUCUCUCGUCUUUACUAAGGUUCCUGCUUCCAGUGCUGUUCUCCCCACCCCAUCCCUGCUCCAUGGGCUCUGGCCCCAUUCCUCACCAGCUCCUGGAGAUCACUAAGACAGUGUGCUUACCAGGCUGAGCUUUUUAGGCAGGAGGCCUCAGGUUUGUCUGAGUCUUCCUUUAGGCCACACUGCCUUGCAGCCCUAUAAAGUCAGCAGCGUGUCACCCUGCUGCCCCUGAUGUCUGCCAGUCCAGUUCGCCGCUUUGAUCAUUUCAUAUUCAUUCUCCUUCCUCGCUCCAACAGACUCACGUAUGGGAAUUGUAUAUAUAAUAGAGGCAUCAUUUCAGAAGGGUGGGGAAAGUGUGGACAGUUCAGUCAAUGGUGAUAGGACAGUGGCUAUCCACUAGGGAAGAAAAGUAAAGUUAGAUCUUCUAUUUCUCCCCAUAUAUGAAAAUAAAUUCCAGACAGAUUAAAAAGUUAAAUAUAAAAACAAAGUAUUAGAAGAAAAUAUAUGAUAGUUUUCUAAUAGCACUGGGAUAGGGAAGGCCUUUUUCAGUGAGAUACAAAGCCUAGAAGCUGUAAAGGAAAUGCCUGAUACAUUUAAAUGUCCCAUAGGAAUCUCAAGAUUAACACUAAGGUCAUCACUGGCCCAAACCUACGGCACCUCAGGUUUGCCUUACCUCCAUGAGUUUGACUAAGAUCCUAGACUCAGCCCCCUACAGACCCACACCCUGAUCUCUCCCCAUUAAGCCUUGCUCAUUCUGUUUCCUUAAAAUCUCUUGCCUCUGUCCACGUCUCCACGCCGUCAAUACAUUCCCAUCUCCGUCCCCGCCGCCACUGGCCUGGUUCUGGGCCACCGUUUCUGGCCUGGACCAUAGUACAGCCUGCUAGUCAGUGUCUGUGCCUUCAGGGUUAACCCCUCCAAUCCUUGAAACACAGAUAGGCUCCUGUCUUGUCCCUCCUCAUAUAUGUUAGCGUCUCCCCGUCAUUCCCAGAAUAAGAAGCUCUGAAGCUCCUUAGCUUAGCAUCCAGUCUCCAGGGGUUCCUCUGGCCAGUCACUGCUGACCUGGCCAGCUUCGCCUCUCGCACUCCCCUGCCUCUUACUCUUCAUCACGCCCACCGCCUGCUAGACUUACGUGUUUUUGGACACACUACGUUUCCCCUCCAGCAAGGUGCCCGUACUAUUCACUAUGCUGGGAUCACCUCCGCACUUCAAGCCCGGCUUGCUGGCCAGCUCCCCCCGCCCCGCCCGCCCCCACCGCCAUGUGCCCUCAGACUUCCGCCUGGCUUUGUCCUCCGGGGAGCCCUUUCCUGAUUCUCGGUGCCUUUUCUGUGCCGCCUUUCCCCGUGGCACUGCUCACACCACACCACUUCCGGGCCUGCCUCUGAGCUCCUUGAGGGCAGGGAGCAACAGUCUGCAGCGAGGCUUGUGACCCGGCACGGCGCGUGUGCACCCAGCGCACAGAAGUGUCAGUGUGUGUUUGCUGAAUGAAUGAGUGCACGAAUAAAUGGUCCUCCAAGAGUUUCCUUGGGCCCUUUCCCUGCUGAGGGUGGUCCUCGCCCAGGCCCUGCUUCCUGCCCUCUACUGUUCAGUCCCCAGACAAGUGCAGCUAACUGGAGCGGCCUCCGGUCAUUGUCCUGUGUCAGCCCUCACUGGGUGUCCUAUGUGGUCUGAGCCCCCCUUCCACUAGCAGCUUGGCCAAGCAGAUAUUCAACUACCCUUGGGCCCAGCCAACAAGCUUAUCCAAGUCAGGUGCUAGCCCCACUCACCUCUUGGAGGGAUUUAAGCAGCUGCACAUCUCCCGUUAUGGUCUUGGCAAUAUAAAAAUAUUUCCAGUGUUAAGAAUAUUAAUGCCCCUGGGUGCCUGGGUGGUUUAGUUGGUUAAGCGACUGCCUUCGGCUCAGGUCAUGAUCCUGGAGUCCCGGGAUCGAGUCCCGCAUCGGGCUCCCUGCUCGGCGGGGAGUCUGCUUCUCCCUCUGACCCUCCUCCCUCUCAUGCUCUCUGUCUCUCAUUCUCUCUGUCUCAAAUAAAUAAAAUCUUUAAAAAAUAAAUAAAUAAAAUAGUCCUUUAAAAAAAAAAAAUAUUAAUGCCCCAAACAGAAGAGAGUCAUCUUGUCACAAGCUGAUAACCCUGCAGGAACAUAAAAUCAGGUUAGUCUUCUAGAAUUUGGAGGUAAGGAAGACCUACCUCGGAGGCCUCCAUUGUGGGCACAAGACUGUGUGCCUCCCACCCCUUACCCUCUACACCAUAAUGGGUUCCGGCUGGCCUCAUUAGCUCAGUGAGAGGUGCCAGAAGCGGGGGCUGCUGACCCAUGUGGCCCCAGGGCUUCAAGCAGAGGACUCUCCCAGAGGCCAUGUUGUCACCAGCCUCACCCUGCUGCUGGCUCUCUCUGAACUCCUGGCCUGUUAAAAGGCCCAGAUUUGCCUCUUCACCUCUGCCCCAUUUCCUCAUUUUCUAACUGUGCCAUUGACUUUUUAAACUGAUCAGUAGGUUGCACUGACUCAUGAGGUU